CACUUCCUGCUUGGCGGGUUAUUUGAACGUUCCGCGCUCUUCUCGGCGAGCGCGGUUUUCUGUCGGCGCGCGAUCUGGUCUAGAUGUCGGCGAGACGGAGCCGGAGCCGCAGCCGCUCCGGGGCCAGGCGCUCUGUGCCCGAAUCCCCGCCCUCUCCUGCUCCCGCACUGCGGAGGUCCCAGCGGAAAUCAGGGUCUGCUCCCGAAGCCCCUCCCCAGCCUUCCACCCCAGCCCCCAGGACGGCCAUCACCCUGAAGAAGAUCGUGCCCCAGGCUGCAGAGGCCACCUCCCCCGGAGCCCAGAAGUCCAUCACAGUGAAGAAGAUCGGGCCCCAGACCCCCGAGGCUUUCCCCCCUGUAGCCAGAAAGCCCAUCACAGUGAAGAAGCCGGUGGCCAGGACCACGGAGGCUGUUUCUCCUGCAGCCCACGAAGCAGUCUCCUUAAAGGAGACUAUGUCCCCGUCCCCAGAGGCGAGCCCCGACUCUCCCACCCCCACAUCCCUGCAGCCAUGGCCAGCUCCCACCUCCCAGGGCCACAAGUCUGCAGCCAAGAAGAACGUGUCGCCGUCUGCAGAGGUAGCAGUUGUGGAGAAGGAGAACCAUCCCCCUGUACAGGAAAGCACCCCCCUCGAUAAAGGCAGCUCUCCUGUCACCACAGGCCCCGCUCCGGAAGUGACCAGCGCAGUGCUAGGCCCUCUGACCCCUGACGCUGACACCAGGCCAGGUCUCCUGGAUGCCAGAGACCUGGAGAUGUCCAGGAAAGUCCGACGUUCCUACAGCCGCCUGGAUGACCUGGGCUUGGGCUCCAGCUCCACCUCGACACCCAGCUACCGGCGCCGUUCCUUCUUUGGCUUCGAAAUGCUGCUCUCGGGAGAGGAGCUGGAGAACAUCUCCCCUGUGGUGGAGAAGGAGCCAAAAAGCCAAGCAGUCGCCCCUGCCACUGAGCCUUCGGGGCCAGACUUCACCCUGCCUGGCAUCACCGUGACCAAGGAAAAGCGCCGGAAGAGGAGGGCACCUGAGAUCUUGGUGAGCGUGCCGGCCCCCCUGGCCAGGAAGCAGUCCCCCAUCUCCCUGGGUGGUCGUCAGGCCUUCUCUGGAGGCAGCUGCUGCUUCUCUGUGGAGCCAGGUCCAGACUUUGUCCAUGUCACAGCUGCUCCUCCUCCUGCCUUCUCUGUCCCUUCUGUCAGCGCUCACAGAGGCUGGCGUCUCCACUCUUCUCACUAUCCCGGAUGCCCUCCUGGAGGGAGCGUCCACUUGGCCGGCGUCCUUAAAGUGUGGACUCAGCACUGACCCCCGGACUUGGGAGGAGUUCGGAUCCGAGCAGAGGACAGUCAGAAUCUCUCCUCCCUCAUUCUGGAUCAUGAACCUCUCUGGGAGCAGCAUUCUGGCUGCCACGUCUCCCCACUGAGCUCAUGGUUCACCCAGCCCCAGAUCUGACCCCAGUUGAGGUUUUACAUUUUUGGAUGACAUUCAUCUCAUGCAGCCAGCCCGCGUGAGCCUUUGCAGAUCCCACUUCUGGCAUCUGUCCUGUUAGCCAUUUCUCCCACUAACCCGUCUUCACAUCUGCUACACCUGUUGGCUCUUGCUGAUAAACAUAUGACUCGGAAGAUGCCAUCCUGAGAUUGUCUUCUAGCAGAUGACCCUUUGAGGAUGAGGUGACUCUUGGUCAUUGAGCCGGACCAGAAUUCACCUAACUGUUGUUGUCCGGUCCCCAUGAAAGACCUUCUCGUGCCCCUCUCUCGGCAUUCUGCGCUUCAGGCCCUGACCUGAUGCAGCAGCCUCGUCAUUCUGGCAAGGGCAGAGAGCUCCAUCCGGCGUGGCUUCUUGGUGAAGCCAUGCCGGCUCUUUGUGGUCACUGCUUCCCUUUCCAAAUGCCCUUGAACCAUCCCUUUAAUAAUACAUCCUAGCAUUUUGUCAGGAAGGAAAGUCAAGCCUGUCUAGAUAUGGUUUGAUGUAGAAAAAUCACUGUGACCAGGCCGGGCCCCUGCGCCAUUCUCUCCCUGCGGCCCCUGCCUCUCCCGAGAGGAAGGAAAUGUGUCCUGUCACCCCCUUGCACCAGCCUCAGAGCCAUCAUGUUCUCCACGUCUUACGGCACUCUGGCCCAUGGGUCUCAGUUUCACAGGGGGCAGGUGGGUGGUCCCGUUUCCAUUCCCAUAACCAUUCUUGUUCUUUUCCAUCCUGAAGGUCAUUCUCUGUGGAGUCCAGUCUUCCCUCCUUUUAUCAUCAGACCACCCACCUAGGCCAUGGUUCAUCCCUUCCCUCUGGGGUUUCUCUCCCCUCCAGCCACCUCAGCUCAUCUUGAGAUAUGGCUCUCUGGGCUCUUCUCUCGGGAUGCUAGAUCUCCGGUCCCUUUCCUGUCCAUGUCUUUGAAACCUCAGCCAGUCAAUGAGUUCUUAGGUAGCUCCCCCAUAUCUUCCUCGUUGGAUUCGUGGGUGACAUCCAUCAUUGACUUUGGAUGACUGCCUUUGGGGAAUUUGGUCCUUUCCUUGGAAGGGUGGCAUCGGGGAACCUGGGUUCAGAUCUUACCCUGCCUCUUGCCUGCCUGGCCUCAGUGUCCUUGUGUGCAAGUGACCUUGGAAGUGUCUUCUGGCUCAGCCUCUUGGAUCCUGAAGGGAGUCUGGCUGUCGCGGCUCACACCCAGUCUUCCCACAUCUCAGACUUGAAGGAGGAGGCACCAGCCACGAAGCAAGCUCUUGGGGGGGGGGGGGGCGGCAUUCCUUCCCCUUCUCUGGUCAGAGCGGUUCUUGCAUCGUUUCUGCUGCCCCUCGCAGACUGACGCGUGGUGCCCUGGCGCUCCUUCGUUUCCUUCUCUUGCCCUUGACCGCCUCCAAACACUCCCACCAGGCUCCCCUACCCCAGCCUCCUGUUUGUGGCUUCUGCUGGGCUGUACUCUCUGCAUGGGGCACCAAUGCCCUUUGCAGUGAGAUUCUCCCUUCUCUUCUCCCAUUGCCAGCAGUUACGUUCCACAGCGUCUCAGCGAUCCCCCUCUUCACCGAGCUGAUCGCUGUGGGUGGUGUCCAGAAGCUGAGGUCUCUGCUUUUCUGGAUCGGGGCCCUCCCUGAAGUGCUGGAGGGCCCGGGCCACCACUCCAGUGUGGUGGGGCCCGUGCGUCCAGCCGGGGCUGGGUCGGGGGGCCUGUGCGUCCAGCCGGGGGCUGGGUAGGGGGGCUCACUUGGGUGCCCCCU